AGUAAAAAACAUUCGCAUUCACGUGUUGGUGGCUCGUCGUUUGACAAAUUAAAAUGCAUAAAUUAUGAAUGAAAGUACCGUUACGUGCGUGACAACUUAUAAUUUGUUAUUAUUCUAAACGCACGUGGCCAGCGCUCGAAACACUUCGCGUCAACUCUAACGUGGCAGACAAGGCCAACAGCCAACAGUCCUCACCUCCUGCCAGCAGCAACUACUCAAUAAGCCGAAACAAACAAAAAAAUAUGCCAAUUGCCGGCAGCAGCUCAGGGGCAAAGCUGCCUUUUCAUUGCCAACAUCGUCGACUUCCUGGCCACAAAGCAUAAUAAGACGCAACAGCAGCAGAAGCAGCAGCAGCCGCAACAAAGCCUCCGCAACUUAGCUGGCAUUGAAAAGAGGCGAAUUUCCUGGAACUGAAACUGUGGAAAUUGUAAUUUUUUGGCGAUGCUUCAAUUAAUUUAACCACACGCAUUAGAAACGACAACAGAGUAAACUGUAAUGGAAAAGGAAGCAAAGACAAACGCGGGCAAAUAACAGACAGAAAUACAAAUUGCUGAACAAACACUAGAGCGACGCAUGUUAAUGUAACUGUGACUGUAACUGGGAAGGUGUAUGCGUGUGAGUGUGUGCAUAGAGCGCAUAAUAAGAAGAGCAAAUAGCAAGGAGCUGCGUGGAAAAUAAAAAUAAAUAGCAAACGACAAAACGCAGGCCAAAAGGAAGCAAAGAGGCAGUGGAGAAGGGCAGAAGGAGGUGCAGGACAUUGGAUCCUGGCUGGGUGACGCGUUCCCUCGUUGGCGGUCAAGGGAAAUUUAUUGCAAUGCGCAAAUGAGACAACAACAACAACAACAAGAACAGCAACAACAACAACGACGACAGCGACAGCAAAACUAAAACGCAAAGCAAACAGCAGUAAAAGCAGUCAAAGAAGAGGAAAAAGAAACACGCUUGCUGCGUGCCCCAAAUUGUGGCAAAAGAAAAAUAACCGAAAAAAUUUCGCAACAAAUUGAAAAAUUAAAGUUUUACCAGCGCCAACGCCAGCGCCAGCGUCAAGCAACAACCGACGAAAGAAAAACUUACCCAAAAGUGUUACAAACAGCCACCAAAAGAAGAGAAACCAAAAUAAGUACACAGCCAAAGGAAAGGAAAGAAAGCGUGAGAGAAGGAGAGCGGGGAGAGAGAGCGGCGAACGGAACACAUUAAUGCAACAAAAUGGGUGCAACUUUGAAUAGACGACGACGUGGCCGGUGCCUGCAACUGAGCGCCGGCUGCUGCUCCGCCGCCCACACAUCGUGUGGCCUGCUGCUCGUAGUGGCGCUCGCAGCGCUGCUCAGCCCGGCUGUGGAGAGUCUGACAAUGACUGAGAUUCGUAUACCGAAGCACAUUAUGCGACAUGAAGACGCAGUGCUGGGCUGCAAUUUCGACUUGGAUGGCGAAUCGCUGUACUCGGUGAAGUGGUACAAGGAUGGCUUCGAGUUCUAUCGCUAUGUGCCACGUGACAUGCCGCCUGGACAGGUCUUUCCGCUGCCCGGUGUCGAUGUGGAGUUGCAAAACUCGACGGACAUUGCCGUUGUCCUGCGCUCGGUCAGCCUACAGUCGACGGGUCGCUAUCGGUGCGAAGUGUCCGGCGAGGCGCCUUCGUUCCAGACAGUUUCCGGUCACGAGGACAUGAUUGUUGUGGUGACACCCAAGCAUGGACCACAAAUCACUGGCGGUCAGCCCCGAUACCAAAUUGGCGACGUGGUGCGCGUCAAUUGCACUUCGGCGCCAUCGAAGCCCGUUUGCCAUCUCAGUUGGCUGAUUAACGGCAUGCACGCGAACCGUUCGCUGCUGCGUCCGUACGAGCCGCUGAUGGUGGGACGCGAGGGUCUCGAGGUGGCGCGCCUCGGCCUGGAGUUUCGUGUGCGCGGAUGACAUUUCAAGCACGGCGACAUGAAGUUGAAGUGUGUCGCCAAAAUCUCGUCGGUCUACUGGCAGAGCAACGAAGAGAGCGUCGAGAGUGAUAAGCAUCAGCGCAUACCCGUGCUAGAGUCAAGGGAAACGGUACGUCAGCUGGACAAAUCACUGGAAGCAGAGAAACAGCUGAAGAAGAGUCGACGUCCUGCGGCAGCCACCUCGGUCGCCGCUGCGGCCUCAUCGGCAGCCAGCAUGUCCGCCUGGCUGGGCUGGUCCAGGAUAUUAGCGUUCAAAUCCAUUGCACGCAUUUCGCUGAACGCGUUGCCCGUCUUAAUAGCAUUUCUGUGUAAUGCCGCCGACGGCUUGUGCCGCAGCAGUAACAAGAGCAGCUGCUGCCAACAUGACCGCCGCCUGUUGGUCCAAUUAAGCGCAUCCACGCCGUGCAGAUAACAAUUAACGAAGAUGUAUGACACCUAUACAGCCCGGGUCGACGCUGCCAGGGCCAAACUCAUUAAAUCUGUGUAAAUAUUUCAACUACGUAAAUGCACAAAACCGAAAACAGCGAGACACAAAAUAAACACAUCAAGUAUACGCCGCGUCCGCCAUGCGGUAAAUCAAAUUUUGCAGCUGCUUAGCUAAUGUACAUACAAAACCGACAGAUAAACAGAAACAUACGUACAUUUCGAAAGUGUGGAUGCUAACUUAAGAGGGUGAAGGAGAACUAGCUAUAGCAGUUCCUAGUUCCUUUAAUGCUGGCAGAAAGAGAAGUUGCUCAAAGUUGUUACAAAAAGCGAAUAGAAAAUUCUAUAAAAUAAUAAAAAUUUACAUGCGAGUACGUAAUUAGCCAAAGCCGUACAAGCCUAGACCUAAGCAUAGGCUAAGCCAAUCUGUUAAAGCAAACCAGAGAAUAUAAAGCAUAAGCAUAUACUUCAAAUAAAGUCUUCAUAUUCGAUGCUUACAGCAAAUCAAAAGCACUUUUUGUGUACGAAAAACAAACGCUAAAAAAUAAAAUAUAAAUAAUAUGCAUAAUUGUUGUAACUAUCGCUAAGGAAGGUAAAAUCUUCAAUAAUAAAAUUGAGCGAAAAAUAACUAAGAGUAAAUUAGUCCAGAUUAAUAAGCGCAGAGUAAAAUUAAUGCUCAAGCGAUUUAAUAUACCUAAAAAUAUUUGAAGUUCAGCGUAAACAGGAGGCAGAGCUGCGAGGUGAGCAACUGUACAUUUCCACAGCGUAAGCUAUUCGAAUAGUAGGCAUAUAUUGUACAGUUAUUUUCUCUUCUUCAAUGUAAUAUUAAAUGUUUCACAUACACACACACACAUACAUAUGGAAUACACAUGUGCAUAUCUUGUGCAAAUUAUCCACGGAUUGCUGCAUGCAAAACUGUUGAAUGUUUAGGCUAAGGCAAAAUAUGCAAGAAAUUUAGCAAAAUAUGUGUUAAGAACUUGAUUAACUUAAGUCUCUCAAGUGUUUAGCUGUGUAAAUUAUUAUGUAAUAAUGAAUGUUAUUAAGUCUUUAAAAAUAAAAUGCAUUGAAAAUCGGACUCGAAUG